CAAGAUUCGAAUUUGAACGCGCUCGAACUCUAAAUAGAUUUACGCCGCGACGAGUUCGCGAACAUCGCUUCGAUAAUAUAGUGGGUGUUUGUGUGUUUUGUUCCAUUUGACGAUAAUGAUGAAGAUUUGGAUAGCAGCAGUUCUGCUAAGUUAUUUCACUGCCAAUGCUUUAUAUGACUCAACAUUCUCGCAAUUGGAAGAGGACCGAAAGAAUGGGGAACUACGUAAAGCAUGUGCUAAACAUGGCCAUGCGGUACAACCAGCACGAAGGCUAAAUUCUACAGACAGGUUAAUAAAACUUAGAGAAGCGAUGGUCUCGGAAGUGAAAUUGGAAACAAGCGCUAUACAAGCGUAUUUGAUUACCUCAAGCGAUGAACAUCAGAGUACCGAAGUUGCUGAACAUGACAAACUGUGGUCUUACAUAUCAGGCUUUACUGGUAGUUACACCAACAUCAUCGUUACUGCAAACAAAGCUGCUUUAUGGACUGACGGUCGCUUUCAUCUUCAAGCUGACGAACAAAUCGAUUGCAACUGGUUGCUGUUUAGAGAAGGUCAUCGAGAUAUUCCAACAAUGGCGGAAUGGAUUAUAAAACAAUUCCCACAUGGUUCAAGGUUAGGUUUAAAUCCAAAAUUGGUUUCUCAUCACAUGUGGAAUCAACUCGAACACGAACUGAAAGGAUCACGUAUUCAGUUAGUGGCUUUAAACGUUAGCUUGGUAGAUAUAAUCUGGCCAGAAAAUGAACGACCAGAGAAAAUAAACAAAGAUGCAUUCUUUUUAGAUGAAGAGUAUACAGGAAAGGACUAUCCCACAAAGGUAGAUGAAACUCGAACAGAACUUUUAAAACAUAAAGCAGAUGCUAUGGUAGUAACAGCUUUAGACGAAAUAGCAUGGCUACUCAAUAUCAGAGGUAGAGAUGUGCCGAAUUCUCCUUAUAUAAGAAGUUAUGUGAUAUUGGACAUGGAGCGUGUGAUUUUGUAUAUUAAUAUGAGUCAGGUUCCCAAAGCAGUACAAGAUCAUCUUCAUUAUGAUCCCAAAUUAAUAGAAAGGGAUGCAGUAAUUUUAAAAGAAUAUGACGAUAUAUGGUUGGAUCUAGGAACUCUGUCGCAACGGUACCACAAAGUGCUGAUACCUUCUCAUUGUGUAUACAGUUCUGGAGCUAGCCAUGCUAUUUAUGAGCACGUUUUUGCAAAUAGAAGGAUGUUAAAACAAUCUCCGAUCAUUUAUUUGAAGGCAGUUAAGAAUGAGGUGGAAAUAAAAUGGAUGCACUAUACUAGUAUUCGAGAUGCUGCUGCGGUGUGUGAUUGUUUUGCAUAUAUAAAUAAAAAGAUGGAAAGAGACGAAAAAAUUAUGGAAAGCGAUCUGGUUCAUUAUCUAAAUGAAUACCGGUACGAACAAAAUCAUAGUUUGGGAAAUAGUUUUAGAACAAGAGUAGCCUUUGCGUCUAAUGGAGCAUUUCCAAGUUAUGAAACUACAGACAAUACCAACAUCCAGAUAUUUAAAAACAGUACGGUUGUUUUGGAUUCCGGAGGCCAGUACUACGGGGGUACUACUGAGGUCACCCGGACGCUUCAUUUUGGUGAACCAACUGACCAAAUGCAGGAAGCUUAUACAAGGGUACUCAUCGGUCUUAUGCAACUAUCAACGCUUACUUUUCCAAGCAAUAUGAAGAUGGCAGUAGCAGACGCCAUGGCUCGAGCUUCACUUUGGGAAGCUGGUUUGGACUAUCUCCAUGAGACUGGACAUGGUAUUGGAUCAUUUUUGGGAGUUCAUGAAUCACCAAUUAAAGUACAUUUUAAUUCGGAAGUUAGCGCCCAACAAGUGUUUAAACCAGGAUACUUUCUAUCAAAUGCUCCCGGUUACUACAAAGAAGGUGUUUUUGGUGUCAGAUUAGGAAAUAUACUGCAAGUUGUAGAAAAACCUUGGUUAAGGCAUAGUACGCAAUCAUAUUAUGGCUUUAGGACGAUAACUUACGUUCCUUUUGAACCUAAUUUAAUAAAACGUCACUUAUUAUCAAUUCAUCAGAUAAAAUGGCUGAAUCAAUACAACGAGCAGGUUCGUCAUUUAGUUGGAGAAGAGCUUAAAAAGCAAAAUAGAAUGGAUGGCUUCUACUGGAUGAUGGAAAAGACUCAAUAUAUUCCAGAAAACCACUCGUCUUUCUUACAUAGCACUCCGUACCUGAUUUUAUUAAAUAUAGUUUUUGUAAUAAAAUAUUGCUUCUAGGAAUUUAAAAGGCGCAUUUUAUAUUAUAGUAGAAUUUCUAAAUUUUAUCAUAUAAAAACUAUUUGCAAAUGUUACUUAAAUAUUUGAUGCCAAAUAGCCAAAAAUUAUGUUUUAAACUACGAAGAUUUGGCACCUUAAAAAUACAACAGGUCUAGUAAUAAUAAAGAAAAAAUAUUUACGCCCCUUAACAAUGUUAAAAAUGCCAAAACUCUGCAGGAAAUGGGUUGCCCUAUCCCCAUAUAAAUAAUAUAGUGGUUAAUUAUUUUGGCAACAAAUAUAAUUUUAUUAUAAUCAAUAUGCACUGGAUAUAACUACAAUACAUUUUUUGAUUAUUUAUUAUAAAGUUAAUAUUGUUUUAAUGAUCUGUAGAAAGUUAAUAUAGCC